GUCUACUGUUCAGAGAGUGGAACAGCUGAGCGACUGGUGGUCGCGUCAUUGAGGUUAUGUUUGUAGUUCGCAGUCGUGAGUGGUGGAGAGAGAGAAAAAUUCCACUGGAAGAGGUAGAUGGGAGAUAACCAAACACAGGGAAAAUGGGAGACGAGUUGGAACAAGAAUUGAAUCCCUCGGAGUUGGGGACUAAGGAUUACUGGGAAAAAAUAUAUUCCGAGGAAAUCAAUAAUUUCGAAGACCACGGGGAUGUCGGAGAGGUCUGGUUCGGUAAAACAAAUGCCCUCAAAGUGGUCAAGUGUAUAAGUGAGGAUUUGAAUCUCUCGAGAACUGACAAGAUCGUGGACAUUGGCUGUGGCAAUGGUUGGACCCUGGUCCAACUAGCUAGGGAAGGUUUUACGGACCUGGUGGGAGUUGAUUAUGUCCCCAGUGCGAUUAAUCUGGCAAGAUCGGUCCUCGAGGACAAUCAGGUUGAUCCCUGCAAGGUUCAGCUGAUGGUCAGCGAUGUUCUGAACCCCGAUGACGAUUUAUUUCUGUAUGAGUUUAGAGUUAUUCAUGACAAGGGGACUUACGAUGCCAUCAGUCUCAAUCCCGAUGAUUCCGUGGGGAAGAGGAAGAUGUACGUGAAGAAUGUGCACAGGAUUCUUGCAGAUGGUGGGCAUCUGGUGCUGUCCUCGUGCAACUGGACGGAGGCCGAGCUGAAGAGUCAGUUCACUGACUAUUUUCAGGUUGUACACACGAUCGAUGCACCCGCCAUGAGAUUCGGUGGUAAAACCGGCCAAUUAGUGACAAAUAUGGUAUUUAAGAAAAAAUAAAGACAUUUAAUAAGG